GCACCCUGUAGAUGAAUGAACACGCCGCAGCAUACCGACCGCCAAAAGACGAUCCACGGAGUUCACAACUAUGUCGCAGAGAAGAGAAAAACAUAUCGCCAUCGUUGGUGGAGGUCUGGUUGGUGCGUUAAAUGCCUGUUUUCUGGCCAAACGUGGUUUCAAAGUGGACGUUUAUGAGAAGAGGCCAGAUAUCAGAACCCAGGAGAUCGUGCGGGGUAUGAGUAUCAACCUCACGAUGUCGAGCCGGGGUCGGGACGCGCUGCGACACGUGGGUCUGGAGCACGACGUGGUAGACUGCAGCACGCCCAUGUACGGCCGCAUGAUCCACGAGCUGGACGGGGCCACGCGACCCAUUCUGUACGGCAAACCAGAUCAGUACAUUAUGUCCGUAGACAGACGAAAACUGAACGAGUUACUACUGACAGCCACAGAGAAAUACCCCAACAUAGCAUUGCAUUUCCAGCACAAACUAGUCAGCUGUGACUUCCAGACUGGUGAAAUGGUGUUUGAAAAACCGGAGGGAGAGAGGUUAACGCGACACGCGGAUGUGAUAAUCGGCUGUGACGGGGCGUACUCGGCCGUGAGACAGCAGUUGAUGAAGUGUACACUCAUGUAUUACGAACAAACCUACAUUCCACACGGCUAUCUCGAGUUACGCAUCCCGAAGACACCUGACGACAAGUAUGCGAUGGCUAUAAACUAUCUGCACCUGUGGCCGCGGAACCAGUUCAUGAUGAUUGCUCUUCCCAACCAAGACAAGACGUACACCACCACACUGAUCAUGCCUUUUGAGAUCUUCAAGCAGAUCGACUCGGAGGAGAAAGUCGUGGAUUUCUUCAAAACACACUUUCCGGAUUCAAUCCAAUUUCUUGGAGAAGAAAACCUAAAGAAGACCUAUAUGAGUGGUUCUGCACGGCCAGUUGUGUCAGUCAAAUGCCACCCGUACCAUGUCGGAGAUCGUGGUCUGAUUAUGGGGGAUGCAACACAUGCGAUGGUUCCUUUUUACGGACAAGGGAUGAAUGCAGGACUCGAGGACUGCAUUGUUUUUGAGGAAAUGCUUGACCAGUAUGACAAUGACUUUUCAAAAGCACUUCCAGCCUUCACUGAAAUGAGGAACAUUGAUGCCAAGGCAAUCUGUGACCUUGCCAUGUACAACUACAUAGAGCUGCGUGAAGCGGUGAACUCUCCGCUGUUUGUUCCGAGGAAGGUACUCGAUAACGUUUUGUACUACCUGUUCCCCAACACGUGGAUCCCUCUCUACACAAUGGUUUCGUUCACGAGAAUUCGCUAUCACCAGUGUAUUUUACAGCGAGAGUGGCAGGAUCAGGUACUCAGACGAGUUGGCUAUGGGUUUGCUACUGUCGGCGCUUUCCUAGGCUGCUACAUGUUGAGAGACAACGUCCAGAUACACAAGACGUCUCUGUUCGGCGUCCCGUACUGGCUAUCGGGGCAGCUUUCUGGCAUCUCGGAGUCGCUGAAAACCUGGAUAAAGUGAACAAUGGAUUUUAAAUGUAUAGCCUGUUGUGAAAACUGGGAUAAAAUGAAUAGUGAAUUCUUAUUUUAUAGCCAGUUGGUGAAAAUCUGGAUAAAAUGAACAUUGGAUUUUUGUUUUAUAACCUGUUGUGAAAGCCUAGAUAAAAUAAACAGUGGAUUCUUAUUUUAUAGCCAGUUGGUGAAAACCUGGAUAAAAUGAAAAGCGUAUUUGUAUUUUAAUUGGUGAAAUGUGGCUUGUUAAUGCCUCAGUCACAAAUGCAUCGUAAGUGGGUAAGAUGCCCGUACGAUGUGUGUUUUUGACGAUAUCCUACGAAUAUUCUACGGGCAUCGGUAACAUCAUACGGACAUCGUUGAGUUGUUGGCCGAUUUUUGGGCAUCGUAGGAUCAUCGGAAACCUUUAAUGCAAAAUUAUAAUUUUUUUAAAAACGUAUGAUUUUUAAAAUCAAAAACCCACCGCAGACAUAUCGUAGGGGCACCUUGCUGCCUUGAGGUGAUCUUGCGCUAUCUGGAAACAUCGCAGGGAGGCCACACGAUGUCCCUACGAUGUCGGGACAACGUACGGGGCCGUAAGGUCAACUUACGAUUCCCUCACGAUGUCCUUAAGAUUUGAUGGCCCGACAAAAUGUGUUAGCCUGUAGGGUCCCCGUAAAUACACCGUAUCAAAUGUAACCAUGGCAAAGAUUUUUAGCAAAACCCUGCGAUUCUUUUCCGAUGUCCCCCCCCCCCCCCCCCCCCCCCCACACACACACACCGCACGGCGACCGAUGCAUUUGCGACUGAGGCAUUAGAAAGACGAGCACAGAUGUUUGAAGGAAAGAUGUGCCUCUUUUAAAGCAAUGUCUCUUGUAAUGUAUUGGCGAUUCUGAUGAUCGAUAAGGUUUUUUUUAUUGACGAGACUGCUACAUGUAUUCCAACUUUUAAGUGUAAAAGUGAUAGUAGUUCUUUCAUUUAAACAAAAUGUUUUGUAUUAAUGAAAAUGAUGUGACCUAUGUGAAUACAGGUAUGCAUGUUAAAACAUAUACAUGUCAACAGUUAAACAUAUUUCUCUUUAAAAUAUAUUAUUGUUUAUGAUAACAAGGUAGUGUAUUUCGAUCUUUUUAACAGUUCUUUUUGUGCAUGUACCAAGCGUUCUGUAUUUUUCUAUAUUAUAGUGGGACUCUAACGCCGUUGUUUUUCGUCUGGAUAUUUUAUCUGCUAGUAGCACGUGAUGCUUCAAGUCUCAUAGACUUUGUUUCUCUACAUUUUGUCCACAGAUUGGGUUUAAAGUUUGUUUUUGUUUAACGACACCACUAGAGACCAUUGAUUUAUAAAUCAUCGGCUAUUGGAUAUCAAACAAUAUAUGGUCAUUUUGAC